UUAAAGAAAUGUGCUCACCUUUUAUUGACUGAGGUUGACUUUGUAGCACUUGCUUUGGUCGCCAGAGUCUCUGCACAGACUCAGAUCUAGACUGUUUCUUUUUACAAACAAAAAAAACACACAAACACAAAUUCGCAUGAUUAUUGAGAAGUCUUUUCUUUUAUGAGGUGCUUUUUCCGCAGUAUUUGUGUAGUCGGCUACGCUUCCUGAGAAUGUGAGAAGGGGCGGGUUAACUACCUUGAAGCACCCGCCUCUUACCAGCUGAGACAGAGCUUUUCAUUUUUCACCUCAAAGGGAAAAGCAGAAUACUGUUCUUCAUGUUCACCGGUGCACCGUAAAAGAUGGCUUUCAAGUCUGUAUUCCUAAUGGUGUUUGGAUCUGCUCUGUUUCUGGAACCAAUUAGUUCCUACAGUAAUGGCCAUGUCACCAAAUCAUGUAGAAGUAUGAAGCCAGGACACAAGCAUCACACCGUCCCACCAGCCAUGCCAUAUUCUCUUACUGUGGAUAAGAACAUAUUUAAAGAAGGAGAUCAAAUUAAAGUAACUCUUUCUGGAACAACCUCCUUUGAAGGGUUUCUUAUCCAAGCAAGAGAUGCGGCAGAUCUUAGCAGUGAUACCAUUGGCUCUUUUACGCUUGUCAAUCCAGCCAUCUCCCAGCGAUUAACCUGUGAUGGUACAGAGGGUUCAGCAGUGAGCCAUACCAGUAAAUCAGGAAAAAUGAAAGUUGAAAUUAUCUGGAAUGUACCAGCAAGUGCACCUUCCUCUGUUCAGUUCCUGUUUACAGUUGUUCGGUACUAUGAUACAUUCUGGGUAAAAGUGCCUGGCCCUGUAAUCACUCAAGGAAAUGUAACCUACCCUACACAAUUAACAUCCAAAACAGUAACAACAGAAAAAACCGCCACAAGUAGUUCUGUUCUGAAGGAACCGUUUAGCGCCCAGGGAUGUGGAACCUCAAAAUCCUGCCUGCGGGACCCAGCAGGUUGUGACCCAAAAAAGGACACAAAGUGCUUCUUCCUGUCCUUCACAAAGGAGGACACUUCUGCGCUGUUUGAAAUGAGUGGCCCGGCAGAGGGUUAUGUGGCCUUUGCUUUCUCUCAUGAUAAAUGGAUGGGGAAUGAUGAUGUUUAUAUAUGCAUUCGGGAUGGGGACUAUAUUGACAUUAGUGCAGCAUCAGAUGCAGGCCGUACUCAUCCUGUAAUGGCUUCACAGGAUCAUCUGACAGAUAAAUCAUGGAGAUACUCAGAUGGCAUCAUUCAGUGUACCUUUAAACGGGACAUUAAAAUUAUAUUGGACAAUGAUAGAUUCCCCUUGGAUAGUAGUUAUUUCUUAUUUUUUGCAGAUGGACAAGCUGAACAUGGUUCGAUUCACAGGCACCAACGUCAACCACUGAUUUCAUCUGAGAAGAAGUUAAUCAUUGGCCCUCCAGAGAUGCUAAGUGGCUCUCGCUCUCCACUCCUCAUUAAACUUCAUGGUGCUUUCAUGCUAAUUGCCUGGAUAACAACAGUCAGUAUCGGGGUUAUCCUUGCACGUUUCUUCAAACCAGUUUGGCCUGAGAGUAGAAUACUUGGAGAGAAGGUCUGGUUUCAGGUUCAUCGCAUAUUAAUGCUUUCCACGGUACUUCUCACUGCUGUUGCAUUUGUACUUCCCUUUUUGUACAGAGGCGGGUGGAGCAAACAUGCAGGGGUUCAUCCUUACCUUGGUUGCACUGUAAUGAGUCUUGCUGUUCUGCAAAUUAUUAUGGCCAUCCUUAGACCACCUCCCAAUACUCAACGGAGAUUUAUAUUUAACUGGGCUCACUGGGGCACAGGCACUGCUGCUAGAAUAAUAGCUGUUGCUGCGAUGUUUUUAGGGACAGACCUGCAGGCCCUUGAUUUACCAGAUCCUUGGGACACAGCUGCCCUUGCUGGAUUUGUAGUUUGGCACAUUUUAACUGAAAUUGUCCUGGAGCUGCACAAUUUUUUAAUUCUUAGGAAUGCUAAGAGCAUUUCAGAAGACGAAGUGAAAAUCAUACAGUCAUCUCAUGAUGAAGCACAGGGACAUUGUUUUAAAAAGGUGGUUCUAGCUGUGUAUGUAAUUGGAAAUGCAGCUUGUUUAUUUGCACUACUGGUUGCGAUCUAUAAUAUAUAAAAGAAGACUGAGGAAGAAACCUGAGUGAAAAAAUCCAAUUAUCCAUUUGAAGAAUUGCCUCAUUUGAUGGAAAAUUACUGCACUGUUCACUUAUAAAGAACAUUUUAUGUUCACCCUCAAAAUGGCAGGCCAUUCUGCUAUAGACAUAGCAGUUCUGUAUGUUUUAAAAAUUAAUUCCCAGAUCUUGUUUUUUAAAUUUUUAUUAGAAAGUAUUUUCUAUCUUUAGAAUUUCUUGCUUUUUAAAGAAACUGUGGAUUAUAUGCAUUACUUGUAUUCAGGAAACCUCAGGGCUGUUGUAGCUUCAUCCCGUUGUACUAAUGUUGCUUUUUAUUGAGGCAUAACAUUUCACAAUAUUUUUAUGAACUUGAAACUUGAUCAAUAUUUUUUAUUGUACAAUUUAACCUACUGAAAUUAUUUUUUUUUUAGAAUAUACAGUACUUUUUAAUGGUAUAGUUAACAAAUUGCUCAAAAUAUUGAACUGAUACCCUGAUAUUCAGGAAAGGAAAUGCCUUAUUGUGCAAUAUUUGGGUUCACUAUGUACUAAUUUGGCAGGGACUAGCUGAAGGUUAAGUGCCUAUGCUUUAGUGCAGAGCAAUAAAAUGUGUAGCUUUAUUUAAAAAA